CACGUUCAGUCAAAUGAUGAAAAAAAAGUAGUCUUUAGUCAAGUAUACCAUUUUCAGCUGCAUUGUCAGCUGUCAGUUUCAAGUGCCGACAUACCUGGACACUAUUUAAGCACCAUACACGACAAAUACCUGAUUUCCUUGCUCAUAAACAGUAUUCUUAGCGGCAUUCCGUCAUACAUCAUUCCCCUGGCAGCUCGGCCUGCGCAGUCUGAACGUGUAUGCGCCAUUUUGUUGUUCAACAAAGAAAGAGGAAAACGUGAAAUUGGCAGAAGCAUACAAGCAUAGCAGCCACAAAUCCGAUAAAAGCAUCUAAAGAAAUGGAGGCGACACUCAGCUCGGGCGGGUCCAAUGCUUCGAGCGAGUGCGCCAUGGACGGGGGAACGAAUCGCUGUCGAGGCCUAGACAACGGCAACGGCACUUGCACCCUCAGCCAGGAGGUGAAGGAUCUGUAUAGAUCCCUCUACACGGCCUCCAAGCAGCUGGACGACGCCAAGAAGAAUGUCCAGACCGUGGGCCAGCUGUUUCAGCAUGAGAUCGAGGAAAAGCGCUCGCUUCUGGUGCAGCUGUGCAAGCAGAUCAUCUUCAAAGAUUACCAGUCGGUGGGCAAAAAGGUGCGAGAGGUAAUGUGGCGACGCGGUUACUACGAGUUCAUUGCCUUUGUGAAGAAGAGCUGGCACAAGCAGGGACUGGACGCGGCCACCGCCCAGGAGAACAUGCAAAAGUUGGAGCGAUUCCUUUGCGCGGGCAUUUUCAACUACAAGCGUCUGUCCUCCCGCAUGGAGGAGAUCUAUGACCUGGACCUCAAAUACCUUAUUGAUUUCUCCAUCAUCAGUGACGGCUACAUAAGUGACAUGAUCGGCGACUCCAAUGAAGUCUCACAUGCUGGCACUCAGGCGGUGGACAAGAGCCUGGAGGCGGUGUCCUUUGCCCUGGAUACCAUUCACUCAUCGCUACUCAGCCUUGGGGAUCUACAUCGCUACUUCCUCGACUUUCGCAUCGAGAGCAAGCUGAGCAUCAGCAAGGAGCAGGUGGCAAAGUACUAUUUAGAGGCAUUCAAGCUUAACCCGGCCAUCGGAAUGGCCCAGAACCAACUGGGAACACUGUACUAUGGGCAGAAUUAUGACCUAGACUCUACCUACCACUAUCUCUACUCUCUUGUGUGCAUCAAACCUUUCGAAUUGAGCGAAAAUAACCUGAACAAGUUGUUUGCCAAACACACCGAAUAUCUAGAGAAGAUAGAUCCGGAGAAGCUUGAAUUCAGUAUCGAGGACUUCUUCGCGCGCUUCUAUCUCAUUGUGGACAUCUUCUUCUUCGACAAGGAGGUGCCGGACUUCACCGCCCUUUGCCACUGCGUCCUCAUUGACCUCCGCAAGAUCCUCUGCUCCCAGCAUCUACACGUCACUGAGCCAAGCAUCUUCAAGAUAGUUUCUAUUCUGUUCUUCUGCCUUUCCAAGCUCAAAAUGAUCAACUCGCCGAAAGUGUUCUCGCUGCAUGCCUUUUUGGUGGCUGCCUGCUCCGACCUAAUGGACGCCUGCAUCGUCAGCAUCGAACAGACGAUCCUGGCUCGCGCCGCCGACAACGAGCGCUUCCAAGCUGUGUACGAACAGCGCUUCCAGGAGUUCGAUACGGUAGUGCGCAAGUCUCGUAACGAGUACAAGAACUGGCUAGCCGCCGUCGGCGAGUGCGAACGCAAGGACAAAAAGCUUGUGCCUCCCCGACCUCACUCACUGAAGGAUUUUAGCUCCGACUCGCGGGAAAGCCAGCACUCUGGGGAAGAGGCAAAGACCCAGGAGGCAGCCGACGGCGACAAGGUCGGCGAGGCAGUUUCCACGCGCUCCAGCGACGAAGCGAAGGAGUCCGACCUGAAGACCCCGCUCUCGUGCAAAAGCAAGCGCCGUGGAAUGCGCCUUCGUCGGCGACGUCGUAAGAUCGCUCAGUCCGACGACAGCUCGUGCUACGACAGCGAAAGUGAGUUGGACACGGACUUCUACAGCGAUGAGGAGGAUUACACAGAUCUGAGCUCGAAUUUCGACACCGAUUUCAGUGACAUCGAUGCAGCCGAUCCAGGAGAUCCUCCGUGCGGAGAGGAGCCUUACGAAUCAGCUUCUUAUAACAAGAAGGAGCGCAAGUCUGGCGGUGGUGGCGGAGUAUAUUCGGAUAACGAAGAUGUGGUCAUUGAGGAAGAAAAGCUCGUGUACCCCGAUGAUGUGGAGGAGCGUCGUCCCAACUCUCAGGAAGUGGACUCCGAAGAAUUAUUGCGUAGCUUUGAAGUGCUGCAGCUGAACUUUAAGAGCGCCGAAGAGUCCCAGACCAAGAAGUCAGAAGAGGGACAAGGCUCACAAACUGCAGCACCAGCUCCCCUCAUUAGCUACUCGGAGCCGCCGAAAAAGUUGGUUUAUCGCAACAAGUACACAAAAAUCAAUCCAAACAUCAUCAUCGACUGUCUGCACAAUGAGCCGACGAUCAGAGCACUAAAAAUGCUCUUCGACUGGCUCCGCAUCAAUCCGGAGAUACUCAUCGGUUGCUAUCACUCGAAUCCGGAGUUCGUGCACAAGAUUAUGAAGCUGCUGAACUACUGCAAUAUCGACGUCUUUACCAGGAAGGUUUACUUUGAACGCGAACUGCUGACCACUACCAACGUACGCGAUUCCCUCGUCGAACUAUUCGAUGUGAGGGCCAAUGUCCCGCUCACUGAGGACUUUGCCUUCAAGAACUUCGACAUCUUCCAGAGCACCCAAAUCACACUAGACUGGGAGACAAUCAUAAGAGAGCGUGUCACAGCCCAAGAGGAAUCGAUCCUCCGUAUUUUCAAAAUGGUCGAUUUCGGAUUCUUCAUCUGCAAACAGAAGAAGUUCAACUACAGAUUCUGUGUGAAAACGCGCCGCUUCACUGAGACCCAGAAAAAGAAGCAGCGCGAGGAGAUGAAGGGCGGCGGAUCGCGUCGCCGCGAGCGCCGCACUGCUCCGAAAACCAACCGAACCAAGAGGAACGAGGGACGCACUCGUCGUUACUCCGAUCGCAAGAACGGCAUUGUCCGCAAGAGCUACACCAGUAACGAGGAAAAGGACACCGUGGAGGAGUGCCGCAAGGUGCCGCGCAAGGGUUAUUUACGAAACCGCAAUGCCGAGAAGGCAGCUGCUGUCAUUGCGAGUGCCACAAGUACCUCGGUGGCCGGCGGCACCUCGGCUUCUACCACUACCAACAGUGUCAUCGAGAAACUGAACGUGCAAUCCAGUUCGGGGGCCGACGAGGAGCGUUCGGAGGCCAUGUCGAAGAAGUGCGAGCUCAUGGGCAAACUCUGGCUGCAAAAUGAGGUGGAGACGCUCGAGGAGGAGCUACGCGACAGUCCCGCCCACGUAGUGAUGUCCCCAUUUGUAGUGGUUGACUCGAAGGCACUGACCGAGUACAAUGGCAUUGUCAAGUCGCUGGUGAGGACGAAGAAGUGCAUUGUCCUCAUUCCAAAUGCAGUGCUCAAUGAGCUGGAUGACUUGAAGAAGCGCAGCGAGAACGUUCGCCAUGUCAUCCGUUGGCUGGAGCAGGAAUUCAAGCACGGCAACCGUCACUUGCGAGCUCAGCGCGAUAACGAAAGCCAACCGCUGUCCCUGUUGAAGAUAUCUCGCAAGAUGGAUCGUGAAGCUUCUGCUUUCCUACAGAUUGCCCAGUUCUGCAAUCACCUGGUGGCCAACCAUGCCGAUCCGCAGGUCAGCGAGCUGCAAAAGAGCGUCGUCACCUACUUGUCGGGCGAUAAUCUGCACGAGAAGAACCGCCAGCAGCAGAACUUCAGCUACACCGGUAUCCUCGACUCGAUACCCGUGCGCUAUGCCCAAAUCCAUAGCUUCUACGCCAAGUUUAAGGCCAACAAAAAAUGAGGUGGCCUGAGUACAGCGGCAACGGUAGCGGGCGCUAAGGCGGCAAAGCGGCAAAGGCGACUACAGACCAGAUGCAAUUCAAGCAAAAAACGGGUGCAGGCGAGCGAGUUCUCUCUGUACAAGCAUACAUCGACAUGGAGUUCCACAAAGUUAACGACAGCCGGCGAAGAGCGACGGCAAAACCAAACCAGCAAUCGCUGCUGCAGCCUCGGUUGUGUGUGCAGCCGUGUUUCCCCUUAAACAAAACUGACACUUAUACCAUCAGUGGGUGAGCACGAUCCCAUUCGCCCAGCCCAGCCCAAGCAGCAGCAGCUUUGCGCGGAAUUUGCUUGUUGUUGUGUUUAGGACCAAACCAAACAAAAUACCAAUCAAAAUCGUUCACUUUCAACUCGAUGGCAACAAUGAUGACAACCCCCAGCUAGUGUUACAAGGACAAAUGGCAACGACUAAAAUAUAACAAAAAUGAAAAAAGGAAAAAACGUAAAAAAAAUAAUAUAUGUUUCAGGGAUAACCUUAUUGCAGGCGAGUGCCUAAGUGGUUCACGGUCAAGAUAUCUUCGUGAGGAAGCCAUGAGAAAGGAAAGCAAGCGGUAUAGCGGAUGGAUAGUCUUGGAUACGCUUCCGAGAGUUCGCCUUUCCUGCAUCGAGCUGAAUUCAGUGGUUCCCGUGACUCUUCAUCUUUUCUGCAGUGUUUAUGUUUCGUUCUCGGUUACGCAGACGGAGCAAAAUUUAUUUUUUCACUCUCAGAACUUGGUGACCGCGUGAUCAUCUUAAUAAAAACAAUACACACAUACUUACAUUAUAAUGGAGACCUAAAAAUAAUCUCGUUCGUCGUACCCCCAACAAUACAAUUUCCUCCCAUUAAGAAAUAACACAAAUGCCGCACAUAUUUAAACAAACUUCUGCAUCACUUUAACUUUUCCCAAAAUUGUGAGCUUGUUAAAUUUGUUUGAAUAAAUAAAACGCCCAACCACA